GACCGGGCGAGCAGGGCGUUUGCAGGGCAAGCAGAGCAUUCGCCGGAUGGGCAGGACAUUCGCCGGGAACUUGAUGUGGAUGUUUGGACCUCCCAGCAGCCGAACACGGGACAGCCACCGCUGGUCCAGUCGCAGCCAAAAACCCGAUGCCGAUUCCGCUUCCGCAGCUUGUUGUCUUUGAUUUGCCGUCGAUCUCGCCGUUGUGCGGCCGGCUGUUGUCUCGCUGCGAGUCUGCCCCUCAAGCCGCAGCAUCUGUCGCUUCGCUGCCAUAUCUUGAUCGAUCCUGCGUCCUGGCAAGCACAAUGCUUCUCGCACCAGCAUCCCGGACACUCAUACGCCAGCCCAUCCGGGGCGGCCAAGCCCUCGCUCUCGGCUUUCUACGCUGCCAUCGGCACCGGCAGUUUGCCUCGACGGCUGCCGUCGCCGUCUCACCUCAUCGACAUAACCCAGUCCAUCCCCAUGCAGCUGCCCCUGCAUCGCCGCUCCCGACCACCGAUCGAGGGCCAAAGCAUCUCUAUGAAUCGCUCGUCUCGAGCGGCCGCUUCAAGGACGAUCCAUACCAGCACGAGACCCUCGAGAUCCUGCAGGCUCUGUUUGAACGGCUGGACAGCUACCAGCCCCCUCCGGUUGUCGAACUGCAUGGUCGGCAUGGGCACCUUCGCCCCGGAUUCUUCAGCCAGAUGACAUCAAUGUUUGCAUCGGCACCAUCGACUCAACGGUGGGAGGCACCAAGGGGCCUCUAUCUUUGGGGCGACGUCGGCACCGGAAAGACGACGGUCAUGGACCUGUUCUACAACUCCAUCUCCAAGGAGCGCAAGCGCCGAGUGCACUUCAACUCGUUCAUGAAGGACAUCCACAGUCGCAUCCACCAGCUUCGAGUCCGCGACGGAUACACAUCCGACCCGAUUCCCAUCAUCUCGACGGACCUAACGAACCAGGCAUGGCUCCUGUGCUUUGACGAACUCCAAGUUACCAAUAUCGUCGACGCCAUGUUGCUGAGACGACUCUUCCAACACCUUCUCGAUCGUGGUGUUGUGAUUGUGACAACUUCAAACCGACCGCCGGAUGAUCUGUAUCUGAACGGCAUCCAGCGCGGCAGCUUCCUGCCGACCAUCGCACUGUUGAAAGAGCGGUGUGUGGUGCACUGUCUCGAUUCGGGUGUUGACUACCGUAAGCAGAAGCAAGACACGUUCAGCGUCUACUUCUCACCACUGAACACCGACUCGCAAUCCUCGAUCGAGAGCCUGUGGAGGAAGAUUACCAAGGGGCAACCUGUGGCUCCCAAGAAAAUCGACUUUCUCGGUCGAUCCUUUGUGAUUCCCGAGGCUUGUGGUCGCGCCGGCAAGAUCAGCUUCGACGACAUUUGCGGCAAGGCACACAGCGCGAGCGACUACCUCGAGCUCGUCAAGCACAUCGACACACUGGUGCUGACGGAUGUCCCUGCGAUGACCCUGCAGCACCGCAACGAGGCCCGCCGCUUCAUCACGCUGCUGGACACACUCUACGAUAACAAGGUUCGGUUGGCCAUGUCCUCGGCCAAAUCAAUCACUGGGUUGUUUGCGCUCGAGCUGACAGACGACGACACGGAGAUCUCGGUUGAGGAAAUCAAGAUCUCUGAAAACAUGGCCGGGGCUGAAGAAGUAUUUGCGUUCCGGCGAGCCGUCUCCCGUCUGGUUGAGAUGAAGGGUCGCAAUUGGCUCGGAGACGAUUUCAUUGCUCUUUUGAACAGCGACGAGUCGAGCCAGUGAGGCUCGGUGGGCCCUGGGCUGGUGCUGCUCUUGAUGAUCGAUAGAGGCGCGAUCGGUGCACCUCUCGCAAUGAUGAAAGACCAUACCCGCCUUUCGAGUCGGUCGCUCGUUUGCAGAUUGUCAUCCCCGCCCCUCCAUCGCAUUAGGCGUGAGCUCAAACAAAAUACACAACCAUAGACAGACCCUG